AUGUUGUUUACUCUGGAUCUGAAAAACUUGUGUCAAGAGCUUCAGAUAACACAAUCUCCCUGUGCAGAAUCUGUAUGUCCCCCAGGACCUCCUGGCCCCCAGGGCCCACAAGGUAUUCCUGGUGUGAAAGGACCAAAGGGAGUAAAAGGUGAGAUUGGAAGACCAGGAAGAAAGGGCAGUCGAGGUCCUCCAGGUGUCCCUGGAAUGCCAGGAUCUAUUGGAUGGCCUGGUCCAAUGGGACUAAAGGGUGAAAAGGGAGAUUUAGGUUUGAUGGGAUUGCCAGGUAUAAGAGGACCAAUGGGUUUCAAGGGUAAUACAGGGGGUCCCGGACAAAAGGGAGCUCAAGGACAGAAAGGAGUCAAAGGCAGCAAAGGUGAUAAGGGAUACAUGGGUUUGCCUGGAAUGUUGGGGCAAAAGGGAGAAAUGGGUCCAAAGGGAGAAGCUGGUGCAUCAGGACAUAGAGGACCGACUGGACGGCCAGGGAAACGAGGCAAACAAGGACAAAAAGGAGACAUAGGACCCCCUGGAAGUAUAGGCCCACCAGGACAGUUAAUAGCAGGGCAACUAAUGGGGCCAAAGGGAGAAAGAGGACUUCCAGGACCUCCAGGAAAUUGUCUCUGCAACUCUCAGCCAAAUGUGAAUGGUCCACCGUACGAGGAACCACUGUUUGGAGAGGCCUAUUCCAAAGUACCUGCAAUUUUUGUAGUGAAUAAUCAGGAAGACCUGGAAAGAUUAAACACAGAAAAUGCUCUAGCAUUUCGAAGAGAUCAACGAUCUUUAUACUUUAAAGAUACUUCUGGAUGGUUUCCAAUCCAGCUAAAACCUUCCUAUCCACUGGAUCAUCUGCUAGGAGAUAAUAAUGUCUGUGGAGAUGGCAUCAUCCAAGAUGGAGAAGAAUGUGAUGAUGGCAACACCAUUGUGACUGAUCAUUGUAUAAGAUGCCACCAUGCUUAUUGUGGAGAUGGCUAUCGGCAUGAAGGUGGAGAAGAAUGUGAUGGGAAUGACUUUGGAUACUUAACGUGCAAAACAUAUCUCCCUGGGUCUUAUGGAAAAUUACGCUGCACUUCCUACUGUUACAUUGACUCUACAGAUUGUCGCUAUUUUACAUGAAAAGUGAGUGGUGAGAAAGGAGUGACCUAUAUAUGACAUGCAUGCAUCAGGUGCUACAUUAGUAUCAUCAAACCAAGACUGGACGAUAGAGAAACAAUCAAUGCUGCAACAACCAUUGUCAUGUUGCCAUGAUGAUUGGAAAGAAGUGUUAAUUGCCUGAUCACAGUGGAAGAAAAUCGGACCAUCCUUUCCUGUCUUAAUAGAAAACAUCCAGUGACAGUAAGACUCAAGAUUUGCCUUUUUCAUGAUUGGCUGAAGGAAUUUUCCUGUGUAUCAAGAACAAAAACAAACCAAAGGAACACUAUAUUUAACUUCAUACUUUAGGUUAUUAAAAUACAAUAAUACCUCAAUUUAGCACUGUUAGUUCUUCAAAUAAGCUCUUCAGGUUUUCUUAAGACUUUUCCAGGAUAAAAGCAGAUCUGUUGCCAGUGUUUAUAAGGAGUCUUUUGUUUUUGUUUUUUAAUUAUUAUUAUUAUUACAAUGUGAAAUUUCUCCAUGCUUUAGCUGCAUGAAUUACGUGAAUUACAUGCAAAUACUUUAUGUUUGUUGAUUUGGGCAAUUUAAGCUGCAGCCCAAUGCCCUCUAAUGUUGUAUUAAAUGUCACUGAACUCAUUCUGACUUAACUUCUGUGCAGAUGUGCCCAAAUAAGAGCUAAAGAGAAAUAGACUAUUUAGUUUUAGUUUAAAACAAAAUAAAUUAAAACAAGAGAGAUGCAAUGAGUUUAAAUCAUAUUUGCUGACAGUUUAAAUGAGACAAUUAGGAAGGAACCACAUUUGCUGGCUAAUAACACCACUGAAAUAGAUAGACACUGUUCAGAAUCCUACGAAUAGGAUCAGUUUCUGAUGCUGAAAGAAAUAAUGCCUUGAGCUCAUAUUCCAGUCAGCUAGAGCCAACAUGGCCAAUAGAUGAGUAAUGAUGUAAAGUACCGUUCAGCGACUUCUGGAAGACUGCAGCACAUUGUUUUUAAAAACUAAGGACUCCUAUGCAAGUUUAUACAGAUGCCUGUUUCAUGUCCAGUGGGUCUAAACAUUUAGGAACCUGGUCAGGGUUGUAGUCAGAUUUUCUGCAUCUCCAGAUCAGUAGCUCAUAUGGAGCAAGCUAGUGAAUAUACUCUUUCAUGCAUUGUAUUCAUGAAAAUAUUUGGAAAUAAGAAGAUCCUAACUGAAUUCAUUUAAAAUAUACACUUACAUUUACCACUGCAUGGAAGACUGCGUUUGAAAAGCUGAGUUGUAUUAAUAAUUGUUGAGAAACUUUCAAUCAAACUUUAAUUCUGGUUUACUUGCCAGGAAAUGUUAACUAGUUGCUCACUUUUAUUGAUUUCUAGUCUGAUAAUUGCUUUCCAGUCUCAGCUUUGUAUAACAUUAUAUAUGAUUGUGUAUAUAUUCCUAUUUGUACAGCUUAG